AUGUCGUCUGCCGCUCUGAAGGCCUCCUCCGCCGUUUCCGGCUUGAUCGCCAAGACCACCCACUUGACCAACGCCGCCGUCUACUGGUCGAAAGUCACUUUUGACCUCGGCAAGAUCGUGUGGAAGCGGGAACAGAUGAACCCCCCCUCGGUGGAACAGUUCCAGCAGGUGUACCAAAAGGCGUUCAAGUGGUUGCAGUCGCCUCAACAGCAGAAGGAAUGGUUGCAAAAGGUGGCUCAAAUUAAGCCCACUAAGGACACCAUCGCCAAGGGCACUUACUACGGGGUGCAAUUGGCCGCGUUCUACUCCGUCGGGGAAAUGAUCGGCAGAAGACUGAUCUCGGGCUACCCCAAGCCCCACCACGAACACCACUAG